GGACAGGAGAGCGAACGGACGGCUCUUCUGAGGGAAGUAAACGCGCAUCCAGGGCUUUAUUUCCAAUUUUGUACCUCCUGUAUCUCCCUUUUCUUUCUCGACUGUACCUCCUGCUGAGAUGAGGAGUUAAUCAACAGAGGAUCAGCUGCACACGAAGUUUUGAAGUUGUUGGAAAGAGUUCGGACAGGAGAAGAGGAAGAUGCUGGGGUUAGAGGUCAUCGCGCUCUGUCUUCUUUUUGGAGCCCUCACUCACGGACAGCCAUCAGAGUGCAGCAAGAAGAAUGAAUGUCCCAUCGACGUGUACUUCACCAUAGACACCUCUGAGACCAUCGCCCUGCAGGAGCCACCCCCUGGAGCACUGGUGGAGAGCAUCAAGAAAUUUGCUGAGCAGUUUGCACAGCGUUUGGAAGAUGCUGAACUCAAAGGCUCCGUGCGGAUCAACUGGAACAUCGGCGGACUGCACUUCUCCCAGAGACAGGAAGUGUUCAGUCGCAUCGGAUCCAAGAAUGAUUUCAUCACUGGCGUGAGGGGAAUCCGUUACCUGGGUAAGGGCACCUACAUCGACUGCGCCCUCACCAACAUGACCCAGGAAAUGCUGCGCACAGCCUCAUCCCCCAACUCCCUCCGAUUCGCUGUGGUCAUCACCGACGGCCACGUGACUGGAAACCCAUGCGGGGGCAUCAAAGUGGCAGCAGAGAAGGCUCGCGAUGAGGGCAUCCGGAUGUUUGUCGUGGCCGCAACGAAAAACGUAGAAGAGACGGGGCUGAGGGAGAUCGCAAACUCUCCUGCGUCCGUCUACAGGAGGGAAUUCAUGGCUGUGGAUCUGAGCCAGGGAAGAGCCGUCAUACAUAUGGACACCAUUGACCGCAUCAUCGCCACCAUGAAACAUUUGGCGUUUGUAGAGUGUUACAAAGUGACCUGUCUGGAGACACCAGGGCCUCCCGGUCCAAAAGGUCACAGAGGUCAAAAAGGAGCUAAAGGAGACAACGGCGACCCAGGUCUGAAAGGAGAUAUAGGUCGCCAAGGAGAUCCCGGUAUCGAGGGUCCCAUCGGUCAGCCUGGUAUCAAAGGAGAAGCAGGAUUUCUAGGCGACAAGGGAGAGAUCGGAACUCAGGGAAAAAAGGGCGUGGGUGGCAUCUCAGGACGCAAUGGGACAGAUGGACAGAAGGGUAAAAUUGGACGGAUCGGCGCUCCCGGCUGCAAAGGAGACCCAGGCGACAGAGGUCCCGAUGGUCACCCCGGAGACGUCGGUGAACGUGGUUUUGGUGGAACUGACGGAGAAAAGGGGGAUCACGGUCGCCCUGGAAGAUCUGGUCCUUCUGGCCCGUCUGGAGAGGGUGGACCAAAGGGAGAGAGAGGAAGUCCUGGAUCACCUGGCGUCCCUGGACUUAAAGGAACCCCGGGAAACCUUGGAACUGGAGGACCCAUUGGAGAACCAGGGAGAAGAGGAGACUACGGGCCAAAGGGUGGUGAAGGGCCAGAUGGAGUUAAUGGAGACAAGGGUGAAAUGGGGCCCGAGGGCUUGAGAGGACUUCCAGGUGAAUCAGGAAACAAAGGAACAAAAGGAGACAAUGGCCUUCCAGGUCCCAGGGGACCACCGGGGACAACGGGAGAGGCUGGGAAAAAUGGCACCAGAGGUGACCCUGGUGAUGCUGGACCAAGAGGAGAAUCUGGACUGGUUGGACCAAAGGGAGACGGUGGAAGACCUGGCUUCAGCUAUCCUGGGCCGAGAGGAUCAUCGGGUGAGAGAGGAGAGGGGGGCAAUCGUGGACCUCGCGGCAGCAGAGGAGACUGCGGUCAAAAAGGUGGACCAGGAAAGAAAGGGACUCUGGGAGAGGGAGGUGAGCCAGGAUCUCAGGGUGAACCUGGCCUAAGAGGGACAAGAGGAGAGUUUGGGCGUGAUGGAAAUCCUGGCCCUGAGGGAGAUCCCGGCCUCACUGAAUGUGAUGUUAUGAACUACAUCAGAGAAACUUGUGGCUGCUGUGACUGUGAGAAAAUCUGCGGACCCCUGGACAUUGUGUUUGUGAUCGACAGCUCAGAGUCAGUGGGUCUGACUAACUUCACCCUGGAGAAGAACUUUGUCAUCAACACCAUCAACAGACUGGGAUCAAUGUCCAAAGACCCCAAAUCAGAAACAGGCACACGAGUGGGAGUUGUUCAGUACAGUCACAGUGGAACCUUCCAGGCCAUCCGGCUCGACGACCCCAAGAUCGAUUCACUGUCUGCUUUCAAGGACGCAGUGAAGAGUUUGGAGUGGAUCGCUGGAGGAACAUGGACUCCAUCCGCUCUGAAGUACGCCUACGACAACCUGAUCAGGGACAGCCGCAGAGCCAAAGCCAACGUGAACGUUGUUGUCAUCACAGACGGACGCUUCGACCCCCGAGAUGACGACUCGCUGCUCACCUACCUCUGCAGUGAUCCCAGCAUUGAUGUGAGCGCCAUCGGUAUCGGAGACAUGUUCGAUCAGAUUGAGGAGAAUGAGAGUCUGAAGAGCAUCGCCUGCCAGAAGGAUGGCAGGGUGAUGGGCAUGAGGCGCUUUGCAGACCUGGUGGCAGAGGAGUUCAUCAACAAAAUUGAAACCGUGCUCUGCCCAAAUCCUAUCGUCAAAUGCCCUGACCUCCCCUGCAAAUCAGAGCCAGCAGUGGCUAGCUGUGUUCAGCGGCCAGUGGAUCUGGUGUUCAUGUUGGAUGGUUCUGAGAGGAUGGGACUGGAGGAUCACCGCAAAGCCAAAGAGUUCAUCGAGAACGUGGCUCGCCAUCUCACCCUGGCCAACGGCCAGACAGAUGAGAGGAAUGCCCGCUUGGCUCUGCUGCAGUACGGCAGCCAUUCAGAACAGCGGGUGGAGUUCGCGCUCACACACAAUCUCACAGUGAUCUCUGAUUCGCUGGCAAGAGUGAAGUACAUGGACUCCUCUUCUGCGCUGGGCAGCGCUAUCAUCCAUGCUGUCAAUAAUCUGGUGGUUCCAAAGCAGGGAACCCGUUUGUCCCGUCGCAACGCUGAGCUGGCCUUUGUGUUCAUCACUGAUGGCAUCACAGCCAGCGAGCAGCUGGAGGAGGGCGUGUCUGCCAUGAGGCGAGCUGAAGGCGUUCCCACGGUGAUCGCGAUGGGAACAGACACAGAUGAAGAGGUGCUGCGGAAGGUGUCACUAGGGGACAUGUCGGCUGUCUUCAGAGGAGCUGACUACACCAUGCUGAACAAACCAUCAUUCUUUGAGCGCUUUAUCCGCUGGAUAUGCUAGUGAGGAACUGUAACGCUCUGCACCAUAGAGUUAGAACCCAUAGAAUGAGGGAAGGGCCAGCUCCUUCAGCGCACACGUAAACACACACAGAGCUAUCAACAAACCAUGUUACCAUAACUGGAUGUAAGGCACUGAGGCGGCUACAUGUCCUGUUGUUAUGGGUGAAGAUUAAUUUACAAAAGCCAAAACAAACCACGUAGGACCAGCUGACACACUCACACAUAGGCAUGCAAUAUAAUUAGUAACGUGUUUAUUGUAUUAAUUCUAAAUCUAUGGUCAGCCAACCAGAGACACUCAUAAGUAUCCCAGAGGAGGAGGUGUAUGAUUAUUGAAUGUGUGAUAAACAAAUUGUACGCUCUAUUUUCUUUUUUUUCUAUUGAUUUUCUGUUUGAAGUCUCUCUCCCUCUCUCUCUCUCUCUCUCUCUCUCUCUCUCUCUCUCUCUCUCUCUCUCUCCCUCUCUCUCUCUCUCUCUCUCUCUCUCUCUCUCUCUCUCUCUCUCUCUCUCUCUCUCUCCUCUUCUCUGUCUCUGUCUCCCUCUCUUUCUCUCUCCCUCCCUCCCCCCCCCCCCCCCCCUCUCUCACAGUCUUCACAAAGUCAGUAUUUACAUUAAAGGUGCUAAAGUAGAAAUAAAGGACAAAGCCAUCUGAGUGGUUCUGAAACCUUUUUUUAACAUAUUAAUGAUGUAAUUACUGCAUUAUGUUCAGGGGAUAAAAACAUGUCGACAUAUCUUCUCCAGGGGGGUACAGAAUCUCACAUAAAUGCCCAAUAAGAGAAUCACACACACACAAACACAAGUACACGCCGUAGUUAAUGACACAUGCAUUGACAGACAAACGUAAAAGAGCCAAAUCUGUAAACAUGAAGUCCAAAUAAAGCCUAUUGUGGUGACCCCAACACUGUCUUCUUGUGUUUGUAAAAUAUAUUAAUGUGUGAUGUGUUAAUAUGUUUAUGAUCCAUGUGCAAUUUGUCAUUAAAUCACUUUAACCUUA